GGAGUCGGUCUCCGCAUUUCGUGGCGCUAAUUCGAUUUGAACGCAUCGCUCGUGAACGCGCGUGGUCGGCAGUGCGUCGUCGCGUUGAGUCGAGUCGUUCUGAAAUUUCGAUCCCGGUGUUUUGCGACAGUGUCCUUCGUCCGUUCAAGAACGAAGCCGUGAUGGAAUUCCGAGAAAAGCGUCCGAGCCGACGUAGUGUUUUGCCAUAAUUCGUUUUUUGUGUGCGAUUGCUGCACGUUUUGCGUGGCACCUAAGCGGCAGUGAGAUUGAUUGAAGGUGACACUCGCGGUUGUCGAAAUCCGUGUGCAUUGACUUCGUGUAGAUACAGAUCCUUGUGAUGCGUCGCACGUAUUGGAAUUUCGCGGGAAUGUACUCCGUCAAUGAGACGCUCGUGUCCAUGGCGAGAAUCAACAAGUGCGGCGAGUAAUGGUCGCACCCACGUGAUGCGCCGCGAGGUAUACAACACAGCGCUUUCAGUCGAAUUCCUGUAAUAUUCGUUUCUAAACUUGCGCACGAAGAAGCUCCGUGUCAUGCAUGUCAUAGUAUAAGCAUAGUCAAAACGAGAAAUAUCAAGAUACGAAGCAUUAGGCAUUGCGGCGUGAACUCAGCUGACGCAGCUAAAUAGCAGUGCAACCAACUUCGGUCUAUCGAUACAAGCUGAACUCAUCACAACAAUCGAAUAGACAAUUCGAUAAUUUGUUCGAUGUAUCUCGCGAGGAAAGUGACAAAUUCGAGUUAAAGAAGUAGUACGUGGUGUUGCUCGCAAAACAAACCGUCAUCGCGUUUCGAAGAGGACGUUGCUCGGAAUUUCGCGGAAGUGAAGUUACUCGGAGUUUCGCGGAAAGUGAAGCGUCGGAAACGCAACCCGGUUCAAGAGGAAGGCGGCGUGACCGUGGUGAUAUAAUCGCGGGAUCGUGAAAGACGCCGCGGUGGCUGGUGGUUUCUUGUGUUCGCCGUGUCGCACGUUUGUACAAGUGAAUUUUAACUCGUCUCGUACACGUGGAUGCAUGCUGCCGUUUCGUCCUCGGCGUGAUCUUGAACAUCGCCUGGGAAUUCUCAGAUGUCCGAGAAAAUGCGUGUAAGAUCAUCGAGGUGACCGCGAGAGCAUGGAGACGAUGCAAGAAGGUGGUGGUCGCCUGCAAAAUGGCUCGAUCAUCACGAAAACGCCGAAUCGUUUGAAAUUCAUGGAGAGUAAUGAGAGUGACAAAGUGACAAACGAAAGGACAGCAGAGAUGGAUCCGUACAAGGAACUGGAACUCUAUCUCGCCAAAGUUAACGAGGAAAUCGGCGAAAUAAUCGAGUCAGCUCCGGCGACUCCAAUUUGCAUCACAGAAGAACCAAAGUACCGGACUUUACCCGAGAAAUUAUCGAGUCAUACGAUUGAGUCGCUUGCCCCGAAAUCCUUGUCUGCCACGAAAUCGCAUGGCUCCGUAAAGAAAAGACGAAAUUCGUUGACGAGAGGCAGCGAGGACAUCGGCAACUGGUCGGAGUUCAAUAACAUAAUCGCGAACGAGAUCAACGAGCUGACCAAAGAGAGGGCGAGGAGGGAAGCCACGCGCAGCAACGACGACGUCAAAGUGGUACAGUACAAAGAGCUGCUGAACGAAUUCGGGAUAUCCGACAGCGAGAAUUCCGAUUCUCAAGGAUUCAGCGGCGAACAUGAUUCUCUUCGAGACGAGGAGAGUCUUCGCGAUCGCAGGAAUGGAAAGCUGUUUGUCGACGAUGAUUGUCGCUAUUUGUUGAACUCGGAUUACGACGAGCCGCACGAUCGAGUGGUUUCCGAGGAGAGGAAGAGCGGCAGCCUGCCGGAGAAUCUGCAGGACAUCAUCGGCAAGCGCGGCCGAUUUCACACCUCGGACACUCUGAGCUCCGAUUACGACGAGCCCAGCAACUGCCUACCGAUGAACUCGAUCAGAAACCAGAUCGAUCGGAUCACCUCUAGUCUACCGUCGAAGCUGGAGCGCGAGUGCGCCACGAAAGACGCACGAUUGAACCCUUGCCGAGCACCAAAGACACCCGUAGAAUUAAGCACGAAGACCAAUGAAGACACUAGUGUCGUCGACGGAGCGCCGCGAACCGAAGCGUUCAGAAGCGUCGAGGACGCCGAAGAGCCCAAUGCGAAGUUGCCGCCCCGACAACGAUCCGAGCGGAAGAUAAGCCUCCCGAUCAGUCUGACGAUACAGAAGCGUAGGAAAGCGACGCGACUUCAAAGACUCCGGCAAAACUCGGAUGAUCAAGAGACCAUGGAUCCCGAUUACGACGACGUAUUUCCGAACGACGAGACCGGCAGAUCCAGAUCCUUAGACAACCACGUGCCGAAAUCGGCGCCUGUGACGCCGACGGAGGAGAAGAAACCGCCGUUUUCGAAAUUGUUAAGAAAGCGGCACGCCCCGGUGUAUCAUGAAAGCACCGACGAUGUUAUCCUGGUUAGCGUAUCUUCGCUGCCAGAUCAAGAUCUGCUGCGUUUGAGAAACGACAGGCUCCACGAGACGAGAAACAGCAAGAUGAAAGAAGCGUUGACCAAAAAGAGAGCGAUAUCACCGCUGACUCUGCGUUCUGACAUCACUGCAAAGAGAUUGUCGGAAUCGGAUAAAGAUAUCAGACGGAUCAGUCCAGUAGACUUGAAGAAGUUCUCGCUGAUACGGCCGUGGGGAAAUGACGUCGCGGUGAAUUGCGAUUUGCCCAAGAACGACGACAUCAAUGGAAAUUGCGGGAUCGAAAACGGAACUCUCAGUAAGUUAGAUCACGCCGACAUGAAGAGGAUUAUGGAGGAACAAAACGCCCGAGCGGGAUCCCUGCCUAUUUCCCUCCAAUCCUUGUUGUCGAGGAUUCGAAAUGGUUCGGGCUCCUGUUGCCCGAACAGCCCGCCAAUGGACUCUCUCACCUGCUCCGAUAUAGCGACUCAAACCUCGCCCGCAAUUUCGAGGAGUUCUAGCUUCACCUGGGUCAGCGAUUGCGAAUCUCCCCAAGCCGAGUCCCAAUUAGAUUCGCAGUCGUUACAAGAUGAGAGCACGUUAGACCCAGUUUCUCCCCAAGACACCGUGGACGACGACAAUAGAUCCUCAUCAUCGUCGCAGGAUCUCCUGCAGAGCAUGGACGAGAUUUCCUCCGGAAGUCUAUCGCCGGAUACCACUGACAGAGCAUCUCCGCUUGAAAGCGGGAUAGGAACGGCGAGCCCUCCCAGGAGUACGGAUCGACGAUUAGUUAAACCGUUAACACCAAACAAGUGUCAUCGUAAAGAGACAUGGGAGCGAAUCCGGCGACGGCCGUCGAAAUUAAACUCGCGAAACGACAAGAACUCGCAAGACGUGUGGGUCAAACGCGAAAGUGUGCACACGCAAACUAAACUGAACGACGAUCAGUACUCGCAGGACGCGGUAGACAGCAGUAGCGGCCUCGAUGACUCCUUGCCGAGGAUCAAGGCGCUUCGACCUACGAAUUUACCGUUAUGCUUGUCUACCACGGCGAGCAGUUCUCUGAGUUCGGGCGAGCUGCUUGAAACGCCGCCCCGAGCGCCGUCUUCUCCGUCCGCGGCUAGCCUCCAGCUGAAACCAGAACCUCUAACCGUGGAAAUGGGCGGCAAGAGCAGCAGCGCGCCGUUGUUGGAAAACAACGACACCGUAAACGCCAACGGGAAGGUGCCGAGCUUGCAGCAGCAACCGCGCUCGCAAUCGGAACGACAACUAUCAGAAAUCGAGGCGCAGGAAGCUUGCAAAUGGCUGAGAGCUGCCGGGUUUCCGCAGUACGCGCAAAUGUACGAAGACUACCAGUUUCCGAUAGACGUUUCCGGCGUAGCCAAGGAUCACCCCUUCCUCGAGGCCGACUCGCUGCAGAGUCUCUUCCGGCGCCUACACGCCCUUAACCGCUGCGCCAAUAUGAAACUCGACACGCAUCACACACAUCACAGUACGAGCCACAGCAAAAGCGGUGGUGGUGGUGGUGGCGGCGGCGACGAGUCUGACGAGGAUACGCAGUGCGCCCUGAGCGAGAACUGGACCUUCGAGAAGAAGACAAGACGCUGGUCCCGCAUAGUCGACGUCUCGCAGGCGAACGUCGAACGACUGCAGGCGAUUGCGGGACAGAACGCCGCGUCCGAGGAGGAGUCCGUCGAUGACCGUCUGGAGGCCGAGGAAGCGGACGAUACCAUGCUGGAGAACUUGCGCUACGGCAGCUUACCGCCGGGCACCGUACCUGACGAGAACAAUCCGCGAUUCCGCAGAUCCGGCUCGGAGAGGCUGCGCGACGGCGCGAAGGCCUUUUUGAGGCGCGUGGAGUCGUUGAAGUCGCGGCGACGGAAGCGCCAGAAUCGCGACGGGGUGGUGAUCAGCGGUCCCCAGGUGCUCGACGUGAUGUCGAUGCAGCAGAAGAUGAAGGAGCUGAACUGCGUGGACGUGUCGCCCACGGGACCGGCGCCGGUGUCCUUCAACGACCUGCUGACGGUGUCGCAGCUUCAGGUUCCCGGCUCGCCGGUUACCCUGCCGGCUACGCCUUAUCACCUGCCGCCGUCGCCGCUGGCGAAUGCGCCUAGCCCCUUCGGCGACGAUUCCUCCAGCUACUGCUCGGACGGCUCGCAGGGCGGCGGACCGACGCCGACGCCGACUCGCACGAAGAUGAAUCGCGCUCGUCGCUUCCUUCACCGCGGCAGAGAGGAUCAGGGCGCGCUGAGCGACUCCGAGUGCCAGCCGACGAACUGGCGACAUCGGUACUUCCGCGACGCCAACAGCAACCACGCGAAGGUGCUGGAGUAUGUGAACGCGCAUCCCCAGAGUCCUAAGGAUUCUCCUAAGAACCCGCCGAUCAGCACGCGCGGCGGCAGUUUGAAUCUCGGCAAGGAGUCGCAGAGGUAUCGCGACAAACUCGCUCAGGGCAAGGAGGAGAAGACGGGGGGGUCCAUGAAGCGGGAAGAUAAGAUGCACAAGAGCUUCCGACACCGCGACGAUUCCUAUCGGGACGGCAAGCCCUUAUCCAAAGAGGUGACGGUCUAUCGAGAUAAAUCCAGAUCCAGGAGCUCGGAACUGGCCGGCAGUCAAGAGAGCGGAUCCACCGUGGCCAGCAGAGACUCUGAUCAGGAGGAGGAGUCGCCUAGACACAAAGGCACCGUCGUCAGGUGGCACAGCUUCCAGAGAGGCUCGCUUUAUCCCGAACCUUUGGACCCGCUGUGCCCCAGAGCGAUGGCCUCCAUGUCCUGCGGACAGCUCCUGGUUCUGAGGAAGCUGGCGUUGUUGAAGCUCACGGCGUGCAUGGAGCGAUAUUGCCCGACCCAUCGCACCGGCUGGAACUGGGAGCUUCCGAAAUUUAUCAGGAAGAUCAAGACACCCGAUUACAAAGACAAAACGGUCUUCGGAGUGCCGCUUUUGUUGUCCCUGCAGAGAACCGGCCAAGCAUUGCCCAAGUGUAUCCAGAUCGCCCUGAGAUGGCUGCGUGCCAACGCUCUCGACCAGGUGGGCAUCUUUAGAAAGAGCGGCGUCAAGUCGAGGAUACAAAAACUCAAGGUCAUGACGGAGACUCAGGGCGACAACAUCAACUUUGACGGACAGCAGGCGUACGAUGUCGCCGAUCUUGUCAAGCAGUACUUCAGAGAGCUGCCGGAGGCUCUGCUGACGAACAAGCUCUCGGAAACGUUUAUCGCCAUCUUUCAACACGUACCGGUGGAAUUGCGACCCGACGCUGUGCAGUGUGUGCUGCUUCUGCUCCCAGACGAGCAUCGCGAGGCGCUGGAGACUCUGCUCGACUUCCUCAACCACGUUGCCAGCAACUCGCCCUACAACCAAAUGACAGCGUCGAAUCUGGCCGUGUGUCUCGCGCCGAGCCUGUUCCAUUUCAACCACAGCAACACGAACGUGACCAACAGGUCGAGCAGCGUGUCGCCACGUAGGCGAAAGACCGUGGGCAUUCCCGAUCAGCGGGAAUUGUCGGAAAACAAAGCCGCUCACGACUGUCUUCUCUAUCUGGUCAAGAUGCAUCGUGAAUUAUUCAUGGUUUCAUCAGACAUGUUGACGCAGUGCCACUUUAACUACAUGGAAGAGAGCAUUCCAGUGGCGUUGGAGGAACUGGGUUCGGAAUUGAAGCAGGAUUGGAGGGGUUAUCUAUAUGCUUGCACUACGGCAUUGUUGAAGGAAGCGCGAGAAAAAAGUCGCGGUUGGGUCACAGUGAACAAUCCUGCUGAUAAUAGUGUAGAAAUGGCGUAUAAAAAAGUAGGCGACGGUCACCCGCUUCGUCUCUGUCGAGUGUCAACGGAAGUCGAAGCUCCGCCGAACGAGCUGCUACAUCGUGUGCUAAGAGAAAGGCAUAUCUGGGAUCCGCAACUUUUGAAGUACAGAUUGGUAAACAAGUUGGACACCAAUGUGGAGGUCUUUCAAUACGCCACGGGUAAUAUGAGCCCAUUACCCGCCAGAGAUUAUUGCGUAUUAAGAUCCUGGCGAAAUGACCUUCCCAAAGGCGCUUGCGUCAUUGUGGAAACAUCCGUGCAACAUCCAGACGCCCCUGUUAUGCUCGGAGGGACUCGCGGCAUCGUUCUGGCCUCUCGUUAUCUUAUCGAGCCGUGCGGCAGCGGCAAAUCCCGCAUUAUGCAUUUAUCUAGAGUCGAUACGAAGGGUCGCACACCUGAAUGGUACAACAAGAGCUACGGACACAUUACUGCUCUUCAUCUGAGCAAAAUCCGUAAUUCUUUCAAGCACACUACCGACGGGCCCGAGAGCAAGGUUUGAGAGCAAGAUACCGUGCAACAGUUGUUGCACGGCUCUGACUCCCCCUCCGUCUCGUUGCUUCAAGUUCCCGAUGAGCAGUAUGAACACAGGAUCCUAAAGGAUGUGCUACAGGUCCAGCCUACCAUCGACGAGGAAUAAUUUCGAUUAAUCGAUUAGUAACCAAAACCCACCGAUGUUGUAGUUAACUUUGUUCAGCAACCGGUUCUGGAUUCGAGAUAAGCAAAUCCCGCUUUUAUCGUAGUGGUAGAAGAAUCCUCCGUGUGACGUUUACUGUCCAAAGAUCUUGCCGUCCGCUUGUCGUGAAAGUCGCGAGGAUCAAAAUGUAAAGAGAGAAAAUAGAUGAUCACUCGACGAUUUUAAUAACGAUGGCUUACGCACAUCUCGGUAAAUCGGCCAUUUUGUGAUUUAAAGAACGAUCUGUUAUUUUGCUAUUUUGAUGUUAUUGUUGUACGAGAGUUUAUAAAUUUUAUCGACUUUCGAUCGUAAUCGAGCGCGAUCUUUAGGAUCAUGUCUCGUUGCGUUUGUUGAGCUGAUAGCAUUUUAAGAGUUUAAAGAAGAGAUCGAGAAAUGGCCGAUAACCAUUUCCGGUUGCGAGAUAAAAGAUGAACGUCAUUCGGUGUUUUCGACGACUAUGUAUAUGUGUUUUGUGUGAGGAUAGCGAUUCUAUGGAUUUAUUCUGUACUACAUAAUACGUUCGUAUCUCCGGUAAAAGUAAGAAAGAUACGCAAAAAUAUGAUUGCAAACGAUGAUAUGAUAAAAGUCGAUAACACUAAUAAAAUAUAAUUUAUUAGAUAAAAAUUUCUGAUUUUUAUACGUUCAUUAUAUUGAUUUUUGUUAAAAAGUAACGGAUUCUAAUACAAUAAUUAAAUUUUUUACUCUUUGUCUUUAUAUAGAAAAACUUUAUUGUUCGAUGGGAUGUUAAAUAUUUUGUUGUAAAAUUAUAAUUAACACAUCUCAAAGUGCAAAAAUAAAUUUGAGGGACCGAGUUUUUACUACAUAGAAUCACUUUAAAUUACAGAAUACACCCACCCCGGUUGUAGUGAUCGCGAUUAGCUGUAAGUAAAGCCGCAUUAAAGUUGAUUCGGCAUACGUGCUGAAAUGCGCGCCGAUCUGUAUUGACGCAAUGAAGAUGUUGAUUUAAUGUUCCCGUCAGGCGCCUAAAGUAUGACGAAGCCUAGAUAGGGUACUGUCACACUCAAGAUUCGCAUUUCGUAUGUUUCUUUUUCCGGACCAAAUGCCAAUUUUUCUAACGUAGCAUAUCAUGUUUAAGAUAGUUGACAUUCGUUGUGGUUGGAGAAUUUUUCUCUUCCAUUAAUGUGCCGCAUGUAGACGGCAAGUCUGUAAAUGUCGCGUAUGCAUAUACACAUAUGUCUAUUUAUAAACGUGCUUUUAUAAGCACGUGUUUGUUAUAUGUGAAAGAGAUCAUGUUUUAACGUCGGAGUUGCACGAGACACUGCUUCACCGUUUAAAUUGUUGUGCGAAAAAACAUGUUAUGAUGGUAUAAUUAAGUGAAAAUAGUUCUUGGCUAUAAUUUUUCGAGAAAUUCACUGUGGCUUUUUGUAUCUAAAAUACCAAAUAGUUUUAUUUUAACUUUUUUUAAUCUGUAAUCGAUAAGAUAUUUAGAGCAUUUUUAUUUUAAUUCUUGUAGUAUGGACGGCUAUUCAAAGAAAAAAAGUGCUCGCUAUAACUACAGGGAGAAGAAAAAGAUGUCUGGAAAGUGAUUAUUAUAGCUGCGAAAUGUAUAUGCGCAAUCCUAAUUAAUUAUUUGUCUGAAAUGAACGAUUCUGGAUUUACAAAUCUCAAAUUUCAAGUAAAACUUUCAACUUAUUACAACUUUUCUGGGUGAAAGUAUUUAACAAUUACGUUGAUUUGAGUAGUUCCGAUUUAAGACGAAAUCAAUGAGGCAACCAUACGAAUCUCGCCCGAUCAAUGUUUGAGAGUAACGUUUAAUGACUAAAAAUAGCCGAACUGCUACGAUGACGCUAUUGUUACAGUCGCGUAUGCAACACACACACAUACACUGAAUUUAUUCAUAAAUCGCACACAUACGCCGGAUUUUUGAAACGUUACAUUUCGACGAAAAAUUGACAAUAUGCUUUAAAAUCGGAUUUUCUGUGCUUUGCGUUUCGCAGUUGCCCGCGUUAGAACGUGUAUAAAUAUGAAUUAUAAAGUAUAGAAGAGCCUUGUAUCUAACAAUUAUAGAAUAUUUAUUUAUUUUCAAUUAAUAUUACGGACAGAAUUGAUAUAAAAGCAUUCUGCAAAUAUAAGUGAAGCAGUAUCUUUGUGCAGCUCUGAUUAUUAUCGUAGAUCUAUCGCCGAGGCUGCGAUCGUCGCGGCCGCUCGAGCAAUGCGAAAGGAUUUUGAGUAAAGCAUAAGUUUCCAAAUCUCGUUGUUUCAUCAUGCGAGUUGCAGGCAAGUUCACUCAAUGUAAGCAAUUGUCAUUGUUACUCGUGUCGAUGUUAAAAAAAAUAAGAUAAAAAAAACAUCUGUUUUCGCUAUCUGUUUGAAAUCGUCACGAGCCGACCAAUUACGCUCGUGAAUUUAGGACAUGUGUUUAGGACGCUUAAUCGUUCGGCAUGUUUGUAUGCAACAAUUAUCAUAGGGACCAUCUUAUGAAUGUAACAAAUAAUUGGACGGAGUGUUUUCAUGCGGUUAAAAUUAACAAACGUAAACUGAAAAUGUUAUAUUUCAUCUAAACUACUCAACGGAAACGCGACAUGCAUAAUGAUCAAUCGAACUGUAUACGAUACAUCGAAAUUAAGUGAUCAGAAUGAUGCAUCCAAUUAAUUUGUUACCUGAAGUUCCGCUUUACACACUCUGCACAAUUAUUUUUAUGUUCCUGGACUACCUUCAUGCAGACCCCAAACAGGAAAUGACCAGCGCAUGAUGCACCUCAUAAUCGAAUCGAAUUUUAAGUGUAUUUUAACGUAAUACUAGUCACUUACAUUAUAGCCGAGAGUUAUGGAUUAUGAUAUAAGAAUAUCAUAGAUUUUUAUUCUGCAACGUUGCGCCAAGAAUAUUUAAAAAUAUUAAUUGCUACUAUAUAUUAUAUAUAUAUAUAUCAACGUUAAGUAAUCAUACGCAAAUAUAUCAUAUUUUUGUGUCCAAAACGCCAGUAGAAGCGCGACCGCCGAAUGAAGAUGUUGUCGACGUUUCUUCAUAUUUGUAACAAUAUAUGAACGUCUUUAUUCUUGUAAUCCGUGUUCCACUAGAAUGUAAAUAUGUAUAUUACAUAUUAAUGAGCAACACAGAGUUAUAUAUACUCAUUAAA